AUGGCACAACAUACUUCCACGGCGAACACAACCGAGCGAGUUUCCAGCCUUGAAGGAGAUCUCGAGUCGGUCAGGGAGACGGUUCAAAUGCUGGGAGCUAUGGUGGACCACGUUCCUCAGCUGCAGGAGGAUGUCCACGCUCUGGGAACUCAGUUAGGAGACGUGCAAGGGGCCCUCCAUCGUUUGGAAACAUUGUUGGGGCGCCACCUUGAGACUCAGGUGCCCGCCCCGCCACGACGGGAGUUGGGACGCGACAGGGAACCACGGAGGCAGAACGCGUCGCCGGACCCUGGCCGAGCACGGCAGGAGCACCGAGGAAGACGCCUGGAGCUGCCGAUCUUCCAAGGGGACGAUCCCUAUGGGUGGGUGUUCCGGGCGGAGCGUUAUUUCGCCAUUAACGGUGUUGAUGGGGAGGAAAGGGUGAUGACGGCGUCCGUAUGCGGAGGGAAGGGCCCCUUCACCGACUGGCGAGAUCUGAAGGCGGCGAUCCUCCACCGUUUCAGCCGUGCGAAGGAUGGUGACCCAACGGAGCGCUUGAUGGCUCUGCGGCAAGAAGGAACAGUAACAGAGUUUCGUGACCGUUUUGAGGCCCUAGCUGCAUCAAUGAGAGGAAUACCGGAACCCAUCUUCUGGGGAGCUUUCCUCAAUGGCCUCCGAGAGGACGUGCGGGCUGAGGUAAAAUUAUUACGGCCCAUUAACUUACAGGAAGUUAUGGAUUUGGCCCAGCAGAUUGGAGAGAGUAACGAGGCAGUCGAUCGGUUGAGGAGGGGUAAACUGGGCCGAGGAUGGCGAAAUGAAGGCUUGGGAAGGGAAAUGGGCCCAGGCGAGCGGCCCAAUGUGCAGCCCGGUUAUUCUAGAAGCUCCCUUCAGUCCACUCCAGGUAAGGAGCCUAACCCCUCUCCACGGACACAUUUUUGGUCCACGCCGCAGUCAGGGCUGGCCGAGGGAGGGACUGGGUUCAAGCGGAUGACAGAUGAGGAAUACCAACGCCGACGAGCGAAGGGGCUCUGCUAUCGAUGCGACGAGAAGUUUAGCCCUGGCCACCGGUGUAAGAACCGGCAGUUACAGGUGUUGUUGGUGUCAGAGAGCGACGCAGAGGAAGAAGAGAACGCGGAGGAGGCAGAGGAAGAGCCGGCCGAUGAGAUAGGGGGAAUGGCUGGACUUUCCCUCAACGCGAUGAUGGGAAUUGCAUCUUCCGACACCAUGAAGUUGAAGGGGGCCAUCGGCGAACGCGAGGUGUUGAUUUUAAUUGACAGCGGGGCUUCGCACAAUUUUCUCUCCCUAAGGGGUCGUGCAAGAGAUGCAAAUUCCAUUGUCCACCACGGGCAGUUAUGGCAUCCAGGAUGUGCCGAGGUGGUAUUGGGCAUUUCUUGGCUGCGAACAUUGGGGGAAGUUAGGGCCAACUGGCGGGAAUUCACCUUGAAAUUCAGGGCAUCGGAGGGGUGGAUUUGCUUGAAGGGGGAUCCCACCCUACGAUGGGAACCGGUAAGUUUCCGUGCUCUCACGCGAAAAUGCCAGGGUGAGGUGUCGGGGGCCUUGCUUGAAAUUUGUGUCCUGGAGGGCGAGGAAGGGGGCGGGCAGGCCAUGCUGGAACCAACCCCCGUCCAAGGGGUGUUAGCCCAGUUUUUCGACGUGUUUGCAACACCGGAAGAACUACCGCCGAGCCGCGCUCGAGACCACCAGAUUGUUCUCAAGACCGGGGCUGAGCCGCCUAACAUUAGGCCUUACCGAUGCCCCCAAGUGCAAAAGAAUGAGAUUGAGAAAUUGGUGUCAGAAAUGCUGGCCUCGGGGAUCAUUAGGCCAAGCAACAGCCCCUUCUCCAGUCCGGUUUUAUUGGUCAAAAAGAAGGAUGGAAGCUGGCGUUUCUGCGUCGAUUAUCGCGCCCUCAACCAACUUAUCGUGCCAGACAAAUUUUCGAUUCCGAUCAUAGAUGAAUUGUUGGACGAGCUUCAUGGGGCCGCUGUGUUUUCGAAGUUGGAUCUGUGGGCAGGUUACCAUCAAAUACGGAUCAGGGAAUUCGACGUGGAGAAGACGGCAUUCCGAACACACGAAGGACACUAUGAAUUCUUGGUCAUGCCAUUCGGCUUGACCAACACUCCUGCCACAUUUCAGGCGCUUAUGAACAAGGUAUUUCGACCCUAUUUGCGCCAAUUCGUUUUAGUGUUUUUUGACGACAUUUUGAUUUAUAGUAGAACAUGGGAGGAACACGAAAAACACCUCGCCGUAGUCCUAGGCAUUCUGCGGAGGGAGCAGCUUUUUGCAAACCGGAAUAAAUGCGUUUUUGGGCAGCCACAGUUGGAGUAUUUGGGGCAUGUUAUUUCGGCUGCAGGGGUGGCUACUGAUCCGGCUAAGGUGGAGUCCAUUCUAUCAUGGCCCACACCUAAGAACGUAAGGGGAGUAAGGGGAUUCUUAGGACUGGCUGGUUAUUACCGGCGUUUCGUUCAAAAUUUUGGACGGUUGGCAAAACCCAUGACCGAUGUGCUUAAAAGGGGUGACUUCCGAUGA